AUGGUUGAUAAAGUGUGUUUAGCUUAUCUUGCCUAUAUUCGUGAUACCAGUGCUGAGACUCCUUCACUUGAGCCGAUAUUGGUUGUGACAGAGUUUGCUGAGAUGGCUCCUACAGAGGUGAAGGAAUUGAAAGAAUGGUUGCAAGAUUUAUUGAGCAAAGGGUUUAUUUAUCCUAGUGUGUCCCCGUGGGGUGCACCAGUAUUGUUUGUGAAGAAGAAGGACAGAUCCAUGAGGAUGUGCGUUGAUUAUAGGCAGUUAAACAAGGUCACCAUCAAGAACAAGAUUAGGGAGGAGCACGAGAGGCAUUUGAGGAUUGUUCUUGAGACUUUGAUAGAGAAGAGGCUUUAUGCCAAAUUCUCCAAGUGUGAUUUCUGGCUUAGUUCUAUGGCAUUUUUGGGGCACAUGGUGUCCAAGGAUGGUAUCAUGGUUGACCCACAGAAGAUUGAGGCUGUUCGUGAUUGGGGCAGGCCUACUACAGUUUCAGAGGUUCGGAGCUUUGUUGGUUUGGCUAGUUACUAUCAACGAUUCAUUGAGGGAUUUUCUGCUAUAGCAUCUCCCCUUACCAGAUUGACCCAAAAGGCUGUUCCUUUUCAGUGGUCGGAUGAGUGUGAGGCGAGCUUCCGAAAGCUCAAAGCCUUGUUGACUUCAGCUCCCAUUUUGACUCUUCCCGUGGAGGGAGAGGGUUUUACCGUGUAUUGUGAUGCUUCGAGGUUGGGUCUUGGUUGUGUUCUUAUGCAGAAAGGGAAGGUCAUAGCCUAUGCUUCCAGGCAAUUGAAGGUGCACGAGAAGAACUACCCUGUUCAUGACUUGGAGUUAGCGGUGGUGGUGUUUGCUUUGAAGAUUUGGAGACACUAUCUUUAUGGCGUGCAUUGCGAGGCCAAUGUGGUCGCGGAUGCCUUUAGUCGGAAAUCAGUGAGUAUAGGUAGUCUUGCUUGUCUCCAUAUUGGGGAGAUACCUUUGGCUAGAGAGAUUCAGAGUUUGGCAAAUUCCUUGGCUAGACUUGAUAUUUCUGAACCUGGAAGGGUUUUUGCUUGUGUGGAGGCGCGUUCCUCUUUAUUGGAGCAGAUUCGAGCUCUGCAGUUUGAUGAUCCAAAGUUGUGCAAGAUUCGUUAUAAAGUGUUGAAGGGAAAGGCUAGUGAGUCAAGGCUUGAUGAAGAAGGGAUUUUGAGGAUCAAAGGACGAGUGUGUGUGCCUCAGACUGGAGAUUUGACUACUUUGAUUAUGGAAGAGGCCCACAGCUCGAGGUAUUCUAUUCACCCUAGUGCUAUGAAGAUGUACCGAGAUUUGAAGCAACGUCAUUAG